AUGGAAGAUGAAGUAAUUCUCUUGGAUAUGUGGGCCAGCCAUUUUGGGAUGAGAGUGAAAAUCGCCUUAGCUGAGAAGGGUAUCAAGUAUGAACACAGAGAAGAGAAUCUUGAAAACAAAAGCCCUCUUUUGUUGAAGAUGAACCCAAUCCAUAAGAAGAUCCCUGUGUUGAUCCAUAAUGAGAAACCCAUCUGUGAAUCUCUCAUCAUUGUUCAAUACAUUGAUGAGGUUUGGAGGGACAAUUCUCCUCUGUUGCCCUCUGAUCCAUACCAGCGAGCACAGGCCAGGUUCUGGGCUGACUACAUCGACAAGAAGCAGGUAUAUCCCUGUAUGAGGGGAAUAUACAGUGGAAAGGGAGAAGAACAAGAGAAACCUAAGGAGGAAUACCAAGAGGUAUUGAAGGUUUUGGAAGGAAAGCUUGGAGAGAAGCCCUACUUUGGUGGUGACAGUUUUGGGUCUGUAGAUCUGAGCUUUGUAACCUUCUACAGCUGGUUCUAUGCCAUGGAGGAACUGGGCAAUUUCAGCAUUAAAGCACAGUGCCCAAAACUGGUUGCAUGGGCCAAGAGGUGA